AUGGUGGGUUCCUUAUUACGUUUCGGAUCGAUUGCAGUUUGGGUGUUCCAUAUUAUUGCCUGUAUGGGUUGCUGUCUUGGGUGUGACAAUAGGCCCCACCUGAUUCCCUCACUCGAGGAAUCGUUAAAAUCACAGCAUAACCAACACGCCUGGAAAAAGGCUUCAAAAUCUACUUUAUCUGAAGAUUAUUGGACAACGAGCACUUAUGAUAUGGAUAAUGCAUUUCAAUCUUGUGGAAGCAUCUCAUCGGCAUGUACAUUGACUCAAACCCAUGAUGCUGCUGGUGCGGGAAGCUCAUAUAAAUCAUCUGACUUUGUAAAUCAUGGUCUUAUUCAGUGGAACCUGAUUAGAAAGAAAUGGGUUGGGAACAACAAGUCUCCCGGUCGAGCACAACAACAUCAUGAGCCCAGUUUAAGCUGGGAUGCGACGUAUGACAGUUUGCUUAGCAACAACAAGCCCUUUCACAAACCCAUACCUCUUGCUGAAAUGGUAGAUUUCCUUGUAGAUAUUUGGGAGCAGGAAGGAAUGUAUGAUUGA